AUGAAGGUGCUGCUACUGACCAAGGAAGAACGAUUGGAGUCUUACCGUGAGAACGAGCGGGAGAGGCUAGAAUUUUCCGUGGGUCUCACGAUGGAGCUGCAGGGGGAGGUCCCGUUGCCAUACUUGUCGGCUAAGGUGAAGAUGAGGAAGGAACCCACACUGAUAGAGGAAGUUCAGUUCAAAGGGGAGCGGUACAGUGGGUCACAAGCGGGGCUCAAAGCGACGUCGACUCAUUUUGCGUACGCCUUCAAGGCGGACCAGGCGACGUCGCAGCCAGCACGCAAUGAUUUCGCACUGGACAGGGUGAUGCUGGCGGAGGCGGCUGACAGGCUCAGGGCUCCAUGGACGGAGCCAGAGGUCAAGGCAGCACUGGAGGGGCUGCCGAAGGGUAAGUCGCUAGGGCAAGACGGAAUCCCGGCAGAGCUUUUCGUGACCCACUGGGACCUCCUGGGGAGGGAGCAGCAUGGGUUCAUACCGGGGCGCAGCCUGGCAGAUGCAGUGGCGGUAGUAGCAGAUUUGAUAGAGGUGGUGGAGAACGACGGUGAGGACUGGUACCUCUUGCUCGUGGACUUUCAGAAGGCCUAG